GCCGCUGAUUUGCUAGGUUUGCUUUUUUCACUUCUCCACUGUCCGUUGCUCGCCUCCUUCGCCUGACAGGUAGAGUUUUGAACGAGUGGCUGAAUAAUUGGAAUCCUUCGACGACGUUCCAUCCUGUCGGAUCCGAAAUCCACUCCUCCUCGCCGUUCGUCUGUUCGAUCGGAGGUAACGACGACGACGGGAGCUUGCUCUUUGCGAAGGAUUUAGCAUAAAUCCUGCAUAAAUCCUGUAUCCAAGCAGCAAAUCGGAGUAGGAGGAACAAAGAAAAGGAGACAGGAUGAGGAUUAUGAUAAAAGGAGGGGUAUGGAAGAACACUGAGGAUGAAAUUCUUAAGGCAGCGGUUAUGAAAUAUGGGAAGAACCAAUGGGCUCGGAUAUCUUCGCUUCUUGUGCGCAAGUCAGCAAAACAAUGCAAGGCCCGUUGGUACGAGUGGCUUGACCCCUCCAUUAAGAAGACAGAAUGGACCAGGGAGGAAGAUGAGAAGUUGCUUCAUCUUGCUAAGCUGAUGCCUACUCAAUGGAGAACAAUUGCUCCAAUUGUGGGACGAACACCUUCUCAAUGCCUUGAGCGCUAUGAGAAGCUUCUUGAUGCUGCUUGUGCCAAGGAUGAAAAUUACGAACCUAAUGAUGAUCCACGUAAGUUGAGACCUGGUGAGAUUGAUCCAAACCCAGAAUCUAAGCCUGCUCGCCCAGAUCCUGUAGAUAUGGAUGAAGAUGAAAAGGAAAUGCUUUCAGAAGCACGGGCUAGGUUAGCUAACACUAGGGGUAAAAAGGCAAAGAGGAAGGCAAGGGAGAAACAGCUUGAGGAAGCAAGGAGGCUUGCCUCUUUGCAGAAAAGGAGAGAACUGAAGGCAGCUGGGAUUGACAACAGGCAUAGGAGGAGGAAAAGGAAGGGUAUAGAUUAUAAUGCUGAAAUACCAUUUGAGAAGAGGCCUCCUCCAGGUUUUUUUGAUGUUUCAGGUGAGGAAAAACCUGCGGAGCAACAUAAAUUUCCGACAACUAUUGAGGAGCUGGAAGGGAAAAGAAGAGUUGAUAUAGAAACCCAAUUAAGGAGGCAAGAUGCUGCAAGGAACAAAAUCCAACAAAGGCUAGAUUCUCCUGCAGCGAUAUUACAAGCUAAUAAACUUAAUGAUCCUGCAGCGGUUAGGAAGAGGUCAAAAUUGAUGCUCCCUCCCCCACAGAUUUCGGAUCAGGAAUUGGAGGAAAUAGCAAAAAUGGGUUAUGCUAGUGAUCUUACUUCAGGAAAUGAGGAACUGGCUGAAGGCAGUGGUGCAACACGUGCCCUCGUUGCUGAUUAUUCUCAGACUCCAAGAAGGGGAAUGACACCUCUCAGAACUCCUCAAAGAACUCCGGCAGGGAAGGUAGAUGCUAUUAUGAUGGAGGCGGAGAACCUUGCACGAUUGAGGGAGUCUCAAACACCUCUUCUGGGUGGUGAGAAUCCUGAGCUGCAUCCUUCUGAUUUUUCAGGUGUUACCCCAAGGAAAAGGGAGAUGCAAACUCCUAAUCCAUUAGCAACACCAUUGUCCAGCCCUGGACCUGCGGGUCUUACUCCAAGAAUUGGCAUGACUCCAUCAAGAGAUGGACCUGGUGGAACACCAAAGUUCACUCCUUUUAGGGAUGAUCUUCACAUCAAUGAAGAUGUCGAAAUGCAGGAUAGUGCAAAGCUUGAACUGCGCAGGCAGGAAGAGAUGAGAAGAAACUUGAGAUCUGGUUUGACAAAUCUUCCGCUGCCCAAAAAUGAGUACCAAAUAGUAAUGCAACCAAUUCCAGAGGAAAAUGAAGAAAUUGAGGAAAAAAUUGAAGAAGACAUGUCUGACAAAAUAGCCAAAGACAAGGCAAGGGAACAAGCAAGAAUGGAGGCCUUAAUGAAAAAGAGGUCAAAAGUACUUCAGAGAGAGCUUCCAAGACCACCUGCGGCUUCAUUAGAACUUAUAAAAAAUUUACUGGUUAAGGGUGAUGAAGAUAAAAGCUCAUUUGUUCCUCCAACCCCAUUUGAGCAAGCUGAUGAAAUGAUAAAUAAGGAGCUUCUAUCUUUACUAGAGCAUGAUAAUGCAAAAUAUCCUUUAAAUGAAAAGUCUGACAAGGUCAAAGUCAAAGGGGUCAAGCGAGCUGAAAAUGGUAAAUCUUCAAAUUCAAUACCUGAAAUUGAAGAGUUCGAUGAGGCUGAACUGAGUGAGGCUAAUUCUUUGAUUAAGGAAGAGAUGAAGUUUCUUCGGGUGGCUAUGGGACAUGAAAAUGAGUCAUUUGAUGAUUUUGUUAAAGCUCGUGAUGCAUGCCAGGAAGAUUUAAUGUUCUUUCCGGCACGCAAUACUUAUGGCUUAGCCAGCGUUGCUGGUAGCAGUGAAAAGCUUGCAGCUCUACAGAAUGAAUUUGAGAUUGUGAAGAAGAAGAUGGAUGACGAGGCCAAGAAAGCUACACGCCUUGAACAGAAGAUUAAAGUUCUGACUCAUGGAUAUCAGAUGAGGGGUGAAAAAUUGUGGUCACAAAUAGAAGCCACAUUCAAGCUAACGGGAACAGCAUCAAUCGAGCUGGAAUGUUUCCAAGCCUUACAGAAGCAGGAACGCGCAGCAGCUUCCUACAGGAUUGAUAAUUUGAUUGAUGAAGUCAAUAAGCAGAAACAGCUUGAACGCACUCUGCAGGAUCGAUACCGGGAUCUCUUAGUUGAGGAAGAAAGAAUUCAGAGGAUGCUUGAAGAACACAAAGCACGUUUGCAAGCAGAGGAGGAAAUGGCCGCAAGUAUUCGUGCCGCCGAGGAGGAAAUGGCUGCUAGAAAGCGUGCUGAGGAGGAAACGGCUGCAAGUAUUCGUGCCGCCGAGGAGGAAAUGGCGGCUAGAAAGCGUGCUGAGGAGGAAACGGCUGCAAGUAUUCGUGCCGCCGAGGAGGAAAUGGCUGCUAGAAAGCGUGCUGAGGAGGAAACGGCUGCAAGUAUUCGUGCCGCUGAGGACGAAAUGACCGCCAGAAAGCCUGUUGAGGAGGAAAUGGCUGCAAGUAUUUGCGCCGCUGAGGACGAAAUGGCUGCAAGUAUUUGUGCUGCUGAGGACGAAAUGGCCGCUAGAAAGCGUGCUGAGGAGGAAAUGGCCGCAAGUAUUUGUGCCGCCGAGGACGAAAUGGCUGCAAGAAACCGUGCUGAGGAUGAAAUGGCUGCAAGUAUUCUUGCCGCUGAGGACGAAAUGGCCGCUAGAAAGCUUGCUGAGGACGAAAUGGCUGCAAGUAUUCAUGCCGCUGAGGACAAAAUGACUGCCAGAAAACUUGCUGGGGAGGAAAUGGCUGCAAGAAAUCAUGCCGCCGAGGACGAAAUGUCUGCAAGAAAGCAGGCUGAUGAGGAGGAAAUUGCUGCUGGAGAUCUCAUGUCUGAGGUGGAAGAAACUGUUCAAAACCAUGCAAUAGAUGCUGAAGCUGGUGCAACAAAAGAUGCAUCUGAUGCAAUAAAUCAUAUUCAUAAGCAAUUAACCCCACCAUCAGACGAAGCUCCAGCAGAAUUCGAAGAACCUGUAGAAAUCCCCGCCUCGAAUAAAAAUUCAGUACUGAAUGAUGACGAGCUUCAGAACCCAAAAGCAGCUGAGGAAGCUACAAAACAUCCCACACUCAAUGAAAAAUCAACAGAAGAUAAUCUGUCGCAGAACCAAUCUGAAAUUACAAAUCCUGAUCAAAAUGUGGAGUUCAUUUCUGAGCUAUCAGUUGAUAGGUUGCCUAACAAACAACUAGAAGUUGAAGCAGUCGCCUUAUCUGAGAGCAUUAGUGAUGGCGAGAAGAAACCUGAGAUUGAUUCUGAUGUGAAACUUCCUCCUGUUGUUAGUCCAAAUGAGCUGUGAUGAGCUUUUCUCUUGUUCGCCAUUGAUGGAGUUGAGUUCAUCCAUUUUUUCUUGUUCGCCUUUUUGCGGCAAUAGUCCUAACUCAAGCGUGGCUCGGUAUGUCUUCAUAUUCAAGCUGUACGUGUAUUUGAUUAUGUUAUAGACGACAUAAAAUAUAUCUUUCACGAUUUGUGUCCCUUAUGAAAGUGGUGGGAGGAUGGAUGGUUGAUUUA